AUUUCAAGUUCGGUGUGUACAACAAAUUCAGAAGUUUGUUUUUCUUGUAUUUUUUCUUUACACGAAACGGCGGUAUUUUGCCUUUUUGUAACGACGCUGAACCCUGGAUCCGGGCUUGCGGUCUCCUGCACUCCUUGAAGCCCUGCAACCAGGCGCCAUGGACGACAGUUAUGGCUUCAUGCUGGACCCAAGCUGGCAUGCAAACGCUUGCCUCGAUCCCAACUUUCUCGACAACGUGGAAGGGACGCAAGACUCAAGGAGCCAUUCUAGCGCUCUUCCAGGGGCAAACUUGGACUUCAACUACGGAGCCUUUAUCAACGAGCUGAACAACUGCGAGAAAAAAGAUUUGAGAAGUCUAGGAAUUACUACAAUAUCCCGACUCGAGAAAACCGAAGAUGCAGCAAAACAGAGAGAUCAGCAACUGGCCGAUAAGCUUGCAAAGAUUGACGCUACCAACACACAGAUUCUUGCUAUGCUUGAAAAACUGGAAAUCCAAUCUGGUGAGAGUUUUAGUGCUUUAAAAGAAGUUAAGGAGAUGAUCAAAGCUGUGGGGAGUGGCCUGAGCAAGUUCAACACAAUGGUAGUUAAAUACUUUAACGGAGAGCAUGGGGAAAACCGGCAAAACAGCAAAUAAUACCGUAUGUUAUUUAUUGUCCCGUAAGCGUCACAAUUAGGUGCAAUUCAGU